AUGGAAGUAGAUGAUGAUGAGGAGGAGAAGGAGGAGGAAGAGAAGGAAGAAGCGGGAUUAUUAUCGCCAUUGGUAAAGGAACUUUGGUCGGCAGAUGUGGUAACAAACCACACGCUUGUACAGGUGCCGUUGGAUGUAAAUGCUACAUAUUUAAACCUCACGGAUGCAUUCGGUGUUAACGGUAGUAUCUGGACUGCUGCACAUGACAAUGAAAAUCUGAUUCGUUUCGCAUCUGUUUACGAGACGGAAAUGGUUCUACUACUUGUGUUUGGCCGCGACAGAGACGCAAACCCGAUAACAACCAGUGCUCAAAUAUCAGUUGGCGGUGAGGACGCGGAAGGAAAUCCUAUUCACUUGGAGCUCUCAAUAGUGCGCGGAAAAGAUCAGAUCGAGGCGUCUUCUAGUCCUGCGCAAGUGGGAUAUGCUACAGAAAUUUUUGGAGGAGUGUCUACCUUCCAGAAUACCAGCAUCCCGCCACACCGUAUACGUCUGCCUCUCGAUUUCUGGCAAGCUACUUUUCGCAUUGUCAUUGUAUCUAAUAAUGAAGACUCGGGCCACGCUACUACUACAACAGAAGACAAUGAGGAAGUCUUUUCAGACUUGUCACUCGAGGAUAAACGUACUGCUGUCGCUGACAGAUUAUCUCGUCAAGUGUCGCUAGUUGAGGUUUUCCUACCAUUCAAUGUCACCGGAAAGCAACUGGGUGACGGAGAUCUUCUUAACCUUGGUUGGCACAUGGAUCUUCGACUACAUAACGACGAAAAGGAUAUUGACUGGAGCAGCCACGAUGUUUGUCAACUACAGGUUCCGAUGAAGAAGCCACUAGUACCUCCUACUGCUUUUACUGUCGUUGUUAGUGACGAAAGUAGGAAAAGGAGUGCCGUGGGUGACAGCAGGCAAGGUUCUUCCGUUGGCAAGACGCAGACUGAAGACGACGGUGUUCCAGUUAUUGGCGUGUCUAUUGCAGAGACAAAUAAUGAGGAGACUCUUGUGAAGGGAAAUGUUGAGAAAUACAGUGAGCAUACUGAAGACAAGCGAGAGGAAGAUGCCGGAGCAGGAGUCUUCGAACCAGAUAGCGAAACUGCCAAGUGCCGUCUCAAUGAAGAAAACACUGGUGUUUUUGUCACUGUUCGUGUGCUGACCAACCAUGCGCACAAUGUAUUCUCGGCGGGAACCGGUCGCGGGCUUGAUGGCGACGACGUCGAGACAGAUACGCCUCAGACUGCGGAGAAAAGCAGCACGUCUGCAAGUAACGAUGCUGCUGCUUCAAUCAAGACUAAUGGGGACAUGUUGAUGAAGCAGAGGGGGACAAGUCCGCAGGUGACUGAUGGACAAAUUUGCUUCUAUGACACAAAUCGCGAUGACCCAUCACGUAACCGCUACUGUUUUGCAUUAGCCAUGGGACACUACCACUCGGAAGAAGUGACGUUGGUGCACAAGCCAACACUUUGGGCAUUGCUGCAUACGCCCAAGCCACAGGCGAUCUACACACCAUACAUGGGAGAUAAUCCGGCUCUAAUUGAGUUGUCCGACAGAUGUAUUGACACCACUAGACGUCUCGUUGGAAUUCGGUCUCGAAUCUGCUACUUUAAUGAAGUGCCUGUCCCACGCCCGCCUGUCAUGGAUGAAGCGAGGGUGGACUCGCAAAGGCAGCAAGAAGAAGACCCGGUGGCAGCACGCAACCGUCUACACCUCCACCAAAGCCGUCGGCUCGCAUGCGAAGCUCAGAAACGACGAUUAGCACAACACAAGGAGCGUGAGCAAGAGGAAGGCAAAGCUCAAGCUAGUGGUGAUAUCCUCGGUCGUUUGAGUCACGCUAUCAGAAACAUGAAGUUGGCAUUUAAUUUUGGGCAUGUGGUGCCUACAAAUGACAGCUUGGAUCACAUCGAGUACGAGAACGUCUGCGAGGAUUUACCUGUUUCUGCUGAUAAGAAGAAGCCUGAGGUGACGCUGGAAAACGCGCAAGCCCACCUGUCCAAGGACACCUUUGGAGAUUCGCUACGUUAUGUAAACAAGUUGUACAAUCGUGUUUUUGGCAAGCCCAAGACACCAGACCGACGUCGUGUACCGUCACACAUGCCGUUCUUGCUGCGAAAGUCGAUAAUUCGUGAAAUUAAGGACUACUGGGCAAAGGAAGUUCAAGAUACGUCGGCACAUCGCUUUCGCCAUCCGCAAGAUAUGCAGUUCAGCUUUUCGUACUUCCAUUACUUGAUCAAUCGCGCAAAGAUCCACCCACACACGCUGGAAGAGAUCUGGCGCGAGUAUUUGGACGCAAACCAAAAUGGCAUCCUGGACGAGAACGAGGUGUUGACUGCCGCCAGUCUUGCACACGGAGAUGCACCUUCUGAAGAUUUCGUGACUGAAGUUCGUGAGUGCAUGAAGUCAGAAAAGCACGUGAAGGUGCGUGAGGUCCCGACGGCCGAGGGUACGCUGCGACUUACCGAGACGUUGACACCGUAUAUUACGUUGGAAAACCUUGAGCGAUGCCCAAAGAUACGAGACGCUUUGGUUGAAAAUGUGCGGUACGAAUCAGAGGUGGAGCUGAUGUCAGAAAAAGAAGUGACGUUCCACAUGCUGAGCGACAAUUACAAUUUUGCGUGGAAGCAAAUGAUGGGCACACGUGCUCGACGCACCAAAUUUGUUUGCAUCAAUGACGACAUGAAGUUCCCGUCGUCAGCAGUGAGUCAAAUUCUGCACGAGCUUUUCCUGUCCAUCUGGCCCAAGCGCUCGCAAUUUGAGCUGCCGUAUCACCUCAAGAACCGUUACGCACACAUCGACGAGUACAACGCCGCACAGGAGCGUCGGCAAAUUGCAGUUUGGAUUGCACUGAUGAUCCCACUGCUUGUCGCUUUUGUCUUCCGUGCCGAGCUCCGUGCAAUGCUUGCGUUCCAGGAUAUUGCUCGGGCACGAGCUGAAUCUGCCUCCCAACUUGCCCAGGGCUUCCAGCAAGCUCAGGAAAAAGACAAGUAG